GGCGGAUCCUGUAAGUACUCGUAUAAUUACCUGCCGUUCCCUUUCUUUGUCGCCAUUGUAACUCUUAUACCAUCGGUUCUACAUACUCCCUGUCACUCUCCUACUGCCGACCAAUAUAUCCAGUAUGUCUCCUUCAAAAGUAUCCACAAUCACGUUUGACUCCUUCCACAACAUUGUGGACGGCCAGCAGCGCGGUGGAAAAGAGAAGCACCAUGGUGUGAACCCGGCAACCGGUGAGGAGCUGUGGGAGGUACCCGUUGGUAGCCAACAAGAUGUCGACGAUGCCGUUACGUCCGCACAAAAGGCUUUCGAAUCAUGGAGCCAGGAGACAGUGGAGAGGCGGAAGGAGCUGCUGCAGAAGUACUGCGACCACUACAUGUCAUACAGCGAUGAGAUGACCGAUCUGCUUUGCGCAGAGACGGGCAAACCGCGGCAAUUCGCCGAAUGGGAGGUCAAGGGAGUUGCGCUCUUCUUCAACCACCACAUGAACUUGGAACUGCCGGAGGAACGCAUUGAGGACGAUGAGAAGGUUCUGCUCACCCGAUAUACUCCGCUCGGUGUGGUUGGCGCCAUCUGCCCGUGGAACUUCCCCCUGAUCCUCAGCUUGGGCAAGGUUAUCCCAGCGCUCCUGACCGGCAACACCAUCAUUGUCAAGCCAUCGCCGUUUACGCCGUACACCACGCUCAAGGCUAUUGAGCUUGCACAGGACAUCUUCCCACCAGGUGUCGUCCAGGCCAUCGGCGGCAGUGACGCUCUUGGCCCGAUGCUUACAGCACAUCCUGGCAUCCAGAAAAUCAGCUUCACUGGUUCGAUCGCGACUGGCAAGAAGAUCAUGGCUGCCUGCGCUCCGACUCUCAAGCGCUGCACCCUUGAGCUCGGCGGCAAUGAUGCAUCAAUUGUUCUUCCGGAUGUUGACAUCAAGAAGGUUGCUCCGGAGCUCGUUAUGGGCGCGUUCCAGAACUCUGGCCAGGUUUGCGUUGCUACCAAGCGUAUCUACAUCCACCAAGACAUCUACGACGAGAUGCUGAAGGAAAUGGUGAACUUCACUAAGACGAUCAAGGUUGGCGCUCCUGGCUCCGGUGCUCUUCUUGGACCAGUUCAGAACAAGAUGCAAUACGACAAGGUCAAGACCUUUUUCGAGGACACAAAGCGCAACGGCUACAAGUUCGCCGUAGGCGAGCCUGAUGUUGCGAAGGGCAACGGCUUCUUCAUCCAACCCACCAUCAUCGAUAACCCACCAAACAACUCUCGAAUCAUCGAAGAGGAGCCGUUCGGACCAAUCGUGCCGACUCAGCCAUGGACAGACGAAGAGGAAGUCAUCAAGCGUGCCAACAACACCAAUACCGGUCUUGGUGCCUGCGUGUGGGGCAAGGAUGUCGAGCGCGCUGAGCGCAUUGGCAAGCGGCUACAAGCUGGCUCCGUCUUCGUGAACUCUUGGGAGAAGCCGACACCGCAAGCUAUCUUCGGUGGCCACAAGGAGAGCGGCAUUGGAGGUGAAUGGGGCCAGGAAGGCUUGAAAUCAUUCUGCAACCCGCACGUUCUCCACACCUACAAGUCGAAGUGAGUGCCCGCUUUAGGCAAUGUUUCCGAGUUUUUAUGAUGUACAGAGACGCAUGUACCUAGCCAGAUACCAACAACACACGUGCUCGAGGGCAUCAUGGCAUUUUGCUACGCCGAACUGCGUGCGGGCUGUUUUGAUCGUACUUCAUAUCCUGCACAUUGGAGGUUUGCGAGUGUUUGCUCGGGUAACUUUGACGACCUGCCAUGAUUAAUGAGAUUCGCCGAAUGCAGCUGGAAUCUACACCCUCGCACUCGUCACAUCGUGAUGGAAGACUGACCAGGAAGAAGAGAUGGAGUCCCGGCCAUAGGGCAUCCUAAAUGGCCAUGUUGUCAUAUUAGAGUGCUGACAGA